CUAACAUGAUGGAGAGCGGCUCAGCAACCACAUCAGCCCUGGGAUGCAUGUCAUGCAGCCCCAUAGACUUGUAUGCAUUCAUUCUCAUGAGUCAGCCUCGGACUUGCUCUGCCCUUACAGUGCAGGGGAAUUUGCUCCUCCAGAUCCCACCUAGAGGUUCUGGGAUGUGAUGUUCAGGGAUGAGAGAAAUACAAGAAUCCUGGCUGCUAGUGAAGACUGAGGCAAAGAACCCAUUGGAUGCCUCAGCCUCCUCCGUGUCUGUUGUAGCCAGUCUACUUUCCCAUCUAGCAGAGGAGCUCUUUGGUCUGUCCCUUGUGACCUCUGUACCUGAAGAAUCCCUUCUUGUUGCAAGUCCAUCUGCACCUUGGCAUUCCUGAUCCCAUCUUUGCAUGUCUGGACAGCAUCCCUGUAUUCUGCCCUGGUGACACAUCCUUGCUUCCACUGCCUGUAUGUGCCCUUAUCCCUCAGCCUGACCAGCACAUCCUGGCCAGGCCAUGCCAUGCCUCCUCUGCCUGCUUUCUUAUUCUGAGGGAUGGAGAGCUAUCGUGCUCUCAGACAGGCGUCCUUGAAAAGUAUCCAGCUUUGCUCCACUCCUUUGUCUCCCCAGGAGAUCUCAUCCAACAACUCCUUACACAGCCUGAAGUUGGCCCUCUUGAAUUUCAGGGUCCUGACGCCACUUUUUGCCAGGCCCACAUUCCUCAAGACUAUGAAUUCAACCAGGGCAUGCUCACUGCAGCCCAGGCUGCCUCCCAUCUUCAUAUCUUUAAUGUUCUCCUCCAUGUUGGUGAGCCCCAGGUUCAGCCCCUGAUCUAUCUGUCCAAGUUAUCAUCAAUGGAUUUCAGGAGUCUCCUGGAUUGCUUACAGCUUGCUGUGUUGUUUUCCCAUCAGAGAUCCAUGUGGUUGAAAUCCCCCACCAGGAUGAGAGCCUGUGAGCAUGACGCUUCUUGCAGCUGAAGCAAGAAGGUUUAGGCAAUCAGUUCCCUGUGAUCAGGCAGCCUGCAGCAGGCCCUGACCACCAGCUGUCCUCUACUCAUCUGAUCUCAAAUCUUAACCCACAGGCUCUCCACCUGUUCCCAACUGUUUCUCAGAGGCAGCUCCUCAUGGUCUACCCAUUUUUUAACACAGAGGGUAACUCCCCCACCUCUCCUACCUCGCCUAUCCCUUUACAAAAGCUUAUAGCUCUCAACGGUGGCAUUCCAGUUACGUGAACCAUCCCACCAUGUUUCCACGACAGCAAUAAGGUCACAGUUUUCCAACUGUACCACGGUUCCCAACUCCUCCUACUUCUUUCUUGUGCUGUGUGUGUUGGUAUAGGGGCAAUUCUCUAUAGAGGUGGGGUGUUGGUAUAGGGGCAAUUCUCUAUAGAGGUGGGGUGUUGGCAGAGUGCUGGGUGUGGGGAGGGUGCUGCUGUCCCAUGUGGGUGCGGUGUGGGUGGUGAUGCGCAGCCCCGGCUCAUCUGUAGCAGACCUUUGUACUCUGCAGUUGGGGCCUCUCCCUGUUCUGCAGUGCCAAAGGUCCCCACGGCUCCUGGGACCGUUUGCAGCUGAGUGCUGGGAACAGAUUAACACCUUUCCCACCCACUGGCUGCUGCUGAUUGCCCCGCGCCCAGGUUUGGGUGUCUCUGCAGGGCACGCAGAGCUGAGCUGGUUUCAGGCAGCGUGUCCCUCAGUGUACCCAUGCCACCCAGGGGUCUCCCUGCCCCAUCCCAGCCCUGACCACAGGUCCCAUGUGUCCCAGCCUGCAGGAAUCACAGCAGGGCUGAGGCUGGAGGCAGCUCAGUGUCCACCUGGUCCUAUCCCUGCUCCAGCACAGGGUGACCAGGACCGAGUGGCUUCAGAGACCCCACAGCCCCUCUGUGCAGGCACUUAUUGAUGGGAUCCCCCUAAGCCUGCUCUCCUUGCCAGCUUUGGGACAUGCAGGACAUCCCCAGGCUGCCGGGUGCCCAGCCAUCCCCGAGCAGAUGGUUAUUGAAUGGAGCACCCAGUGCCCAUCGGUAUUCCCAGCGCUGCCCUGGCUGCCAGCAUGGGGAUGCUACCCCCAACGCGGUCCCGGCAGUGGGAUCCCACCCGGUCUGUGUUGCCGAGGACAUGUCAGGAUACAGCUGCUUCGACCCCAAAGCUGCGGUGCUGUUCUGCUCCCGAGCACGGGGGUCUCGGACUCCAGCUCACUCCCCCCUCACCCCCUCCGGCUCUUCCAGUUCUGGCUUCGUGGGAACAGAUUGGGAACCCGCUCCUGCCUGUAUUGCUGCCUGCUGCCCUCUCCUGCCCGCAGGUAGAAGUGCUGAGGGCUCCUGGCUGUGCUCUUCCGGGAUCCUGGAUUUGUCUUUCCAAGUCCUCUGCUCUCCCUGCACGGCUGUGACGCUGCUACUCGCCCCAGGCUGCCACUACCCCCCGGGCCAGGCACCAGCACGGACCUGACAGGGGCUCCCGAGGGUCCAGGCUCUGCCCCCCAAGUCUGGCAAUGAGCAUCGAUUCCAGAAGAGCACUGUGCAGGGACUCUGUCUCCCUGUAUUUCCCUGCACAUGGAACCCACGUGCCAGGCAGAAGCUGUGGUGUCUCUGUAGCAGCCCAAGCUCCCCAAGCCCAGCCCUUGUUGUCCUCACCUUUUGGUGACAUCUGUCCCAUGCAUGUCCCAGAGCAUCCACAGAACGAUGGGACUUCUGCUGGCCGACAUCUGCCCAGAGGUGCCUGGAUGAAGAUGGAGAAGACUUUGCUGCUGCCCAGCAUGUCCCAGGCUGGUAGCAGCCCCUGUGCAGAGGACACGGGGCCACGUGCCGAGGCACACACGCGCACCCCAAGCCGGGGCAGCCAGAAGCUUGAGUGCAUCAUCUGCUACUCCUCAUAUGACCUGUGUGGCCGACUGCCUCGCCGGCUCUACUGCGGCCAUACCUUCUGCCAGACCUGCCUCAAGCGCCUGGACGCCGUUGCCAACGAGCAGCGCUGGAUCCCCUGCCCACAGUGCCGCCAAAAUACGCCCACACCGCGCGGCGGUGUCACCAUGCUCGACCUCGACCUGGCCACUUUUCUCCUCGUCAAGGCUGACAAGGAGCAUCCCCGGGUGGCCCCACGCUCCCUGCAGGAUGUGGCCACCAAGGACUUGUGCAAGGAGCCGCCAGUCACGCAGCAGCCGCUGGGGCUGUGCCAGGACGCCGUGCCCCGGGCACCGUUCCCGAACCGUGGCUGCUGCCGGCCGUGCAUCUGCUGUGGGGUGACGGCAGCUUUUGAGAUCUGAAUGUGGGGACAUGAGGACAGCAGGGUUUGGUGGACUGAAGCAUUCUGUGCCUCCAAGCUGAGCUCUUGGGGUGCUGCCUGGGUCACAUUUUGGGAAUCUCCACGCCACACCCCAGAGUCAUUGUGGAUAGCAGUGGUGGGGUUGUUCUGGUAGUCUAGGAAGGGCUCCAGCUUGUCCAUGGGCUUUUUCCCAUUCUGCUGGGAUUUGGGCUGCAACAAGGGGGAUGAGAGUGCUCCCAUCCUUCACCCUGCCGACUGACCCCUCCGGCAGCUCCAAACCUGCUCCAGCCAUCACAGAUGCUCUCAGGACCUAACAGCACAGCUUCUCCAUGAAUGCAGCUCUGCAGUGGGGGCACCUUCACCAGGACAGGUGGCAUGGGAGCCUGGCACAGCACACUGACUCAGAUGCUUCAGGGAGUGUGCCACAGCCUGGAGGUCCCACAUCCAUUAAACAUCUCAUAAGCUGCACAUGUUGCAUUUGUUGUUCAUCCUCAUGCUAACUCGGGGCAAGUCUUGCACCCAGAGCAGGAAGCAGGGACCUGCUUUGCCCAAUUGCUUUUCUUUGCUUGCUUUGUUUGUCAUUUGCGUGAGAAAUAUGGGGCACUGGGGCAGCUGGACAGUGCAAAUUGAGGAUGACA